CUGAUGAUCCAUUAAUGCAACCACUGCCACCAUUAACACCGGUCACCCAGCUCAGUGUGAAACGAACAAUUCUUGGUACAACGCAAACACGAGGUGUUCUAUCUGUUUCUGCGACCAACAAUUCUCCUCAGGAGAUAUCGGCAGGUUAUCUGGAGAUGAUGCCUGCACUCCUCACGCUAUGGAUGCACACUCUGAAAGUCAAAAUAAACUCACAGAUACGGAGUAUGACUUUGGCCAUAAGAGGAUUGUCUUUGCUGAUUAUCUUGUACAUUUAUGCACUUAGUUUCAGAACUAAAAUAGCUGCAAGCUGUCCUCACAAUUCCACCAAAGACCACGCUCGAAAUUUCCAUGGAAGUCAGGACGCGAGCCCACACAUUUUCUUUUGCAUUUGCGCUAUUGGCUUUACAUCCUGAUAAGCAAGAAGAAAUGUACCAACACAUCAAGCGUGUACUGCCUGACGGAAGAAUCCCUACUUGUGAUGAUAUGCCGUCAUUAGCCUGCUCUUCUGCCGUGUUCAACGAAGCACUGCGAAUGUUCCCCCCUGUUUGCACUGUGCCAAAGACAAGUGCCGAAGACACGACUUUCACCCUCACAGAUGCGAACGGGACACUGAAAACGGUCGUUGUGCCUAAAGGAUUGGGUCUUACACUGGACGUGCCUGGGCUUCACUAUAAUCCUAAGUACUGGGAAGAUCCAUUCACGUUUAAUCCCGAACGAUUCUUGGGUGACUGGAACCGAGAUGCAUUCCUCGCAUUCAGUGGUGGUUACAGAGGUUGUGUAGGAAGAAAGUUCUCGGAAACCGAGGGAGCAGCUGUUCUCACCAUUUUAAUCUCACGAUAUGUCAUUUCGAUCAAGGACGAGCCGCAAUUUGCUGGUGAAACAUAUGAGCAGCGCAAGGCGAGAGUACUUGACGCACAAAGUAUGCUCACUCUGGCACCAACCCGCCUUCCCUUGGUGUUCAGACGGAGGACUUAAAGAGAUGAUCCGGGUCCCUGACUCGCCAGAGGAGGGCUUUUACAGGCUACUUUGUUUUUUCUUCGACGUUACUGAU